AGGGAGGAGUGUGUGUGUGUGUGAGUGUGUGUGUGUGUGUGUGAAAGAGGGAGAGGGAGCGAGAGAGCGAGAGAGAGGGAGAGAGAGAGAGGGAGAGAGAGGGAGGGAGAGAGAAAAGAAGAGGGGGAAAAAAAGGAAAGAAGAUUUUCUCUAUGUAUAUAAAGAUGGCCACGUUAGCAAACGGACAACCAGACAAUACCAGCCUGAGUAGCAAUCACAGCAACCCCAGCACCAACGGGCAUAUGAACGGAUUAAACCAUAGUCCCGGAAACCCAUCCACCAUCCCAAUGAAGGACCACGAUGCCAUUAAGCUCUUUAUUGGGCAGAUCCCCCGUAACCUGGACGAGAAAGACCUCAAACCGCUAUUCGAGGAGUUCGGGAAGAUCUAUGAACUGACGGUGCUGAAGGACAGGUUCACUGGCAUGCACAAAGGCUGUGCCUUCCUAACAUACUGCGAAAGGGAGUCUGCUCUAAAGGCCCAGAGCGCACUGCAUGAGCAGAAGACACUGCCGGGGGUGAGUCCAGAUUGA